GGGACGCCUGGCCUCCGCGUCUCCAUGGAGACGGGCCCGCUCCGGCCGAGCGACGUUGGCGAUGGCGGCCGGGGAGCCGGGGGACUUGGACGGCUACUGCUUCAGAUACCUGCCUCAGAAAACCUUCCAGUGUCUGAGCGCCCCAGACACCGCCAGCCGGCUCCGCCAGUGGUCGAUGCUGGGCCGAGUCGCGGCGCAGGCGUUCGGCUUCGACCAGACGUUCCAGGCGCACCGCAGGGACGACUUCCUCACGGCUUUUUUCAAAGACCCAAAUGUUAUUCCCAAUUUGAAGUUACUUUCAGAUUCUUCUGGACAGUGGAUCACAUUAGGAGCUGAAGUGAAAAAAAUUGAAGCUACAAAUGUUCCUUGUACACAGCUUUCAAUGUCAUUUUUUAAUCGGUUGUAUGAUGAAGAUAUUGUACGAGCCAAUGGACAUAUUAUUAAAUGUUUAGAUUCUUUUUGUGAUUCCUUUCCUAUUUCUGAUGAGUUACGAAAAGUUUUGCUUGUGGAAGACUCAGAAAAAUAUGAAGUGUUCAGCCAGCCUGACAGAGAGGAGUUCCUGUUUUGUCUUUUCAAACAUCUUUGCCUCGGUGGAGCACUUUGUCAGUAUGAAGAUGUGCUUCAUCCAUAUUUGGAAACCACAAAGCUUCUCUAUAAAGAUCUAGUGAGUGUCCGAAAGAAUCCUCAGACCAAGAAAAUACAAAUUACUUCUUCUGUCUUUAAAGUCAUGGCUUAUGACUCUAAUGGUGUGUGCUACCCUUCCACAAAGAGUCACGAACAGACAUUUUCUUACUUUAUCGUGGAUCCAAUCAAGCGUCACGUUCAUGUUUUAUAUCACUGCUAUGGUGUGGGGGAAAUGUCUUAACAUUGUUCUCUCAGAUGAUCUAUUUUAAUAUUGCUUUACUUACCAAUUUUUAAUUUUAAUGCCAAUUUAUAGGUAAACAUUUAUUUUGCAAGUUAAUUCAAGAAAAGUAUAGAGAGCCUGCUUAGAGCAGAAGGAAACAAAUACCACGGUGCCUUUCUUUAAAUUUAUCUGGAAUAGCAGUGUAAGGACCAAAUUCCAUCCAUAACACAAUCAACAACAAUACAGUUUUUUUUUUUUUACAAAAAAACUGGGAAAGUCACAAAGAACUAAAAAUCUAGUUCAUAUUUGUUGCAUUAAGAAUUAAGUAAGCCCUCAAUUUUCCAUGUGUUUUAUUUUAGAAGCUAAUUAAUUCUGGGUUGAAAUUGUGGCAGAAAACUGAACAUCGCUCUAUUGAUCAAUAGGAACUGUUAGCUUUUUAAAUUUGAGUUUCAUUUUAUUACAUAAAGAUUUACAUCUCUAGGGCUGUAGAAUGCGUAACGAUGCCUUGGCUUCAUUUGUCCCACUUAAAAUCCUGAAUAAAAAGUAAUGUUCUGGGGUGCCUGAGUGGCUCAAUUGGUUGAGUGUCUGCCUUGGCCUAGAUCAUCAUCCCAGGGUCCAGGGAUAGAGUCCCUCAUCAGGCUCCCUGCUCAGUGGGGAGCCUCCUCCCUCUCCUUCUGCUUGCUGCUCUGCCUUCUUGUGCAUGCUUGCUCUCUCUCUCUCUGCCAAAUAAAUAACAUCCUUUUUUUUUUUUUUUAAAAAAAAAAAAAGAAGGGAUCCCUGGGUGGCGCAGUGGUUUAGCACCUGCCUUUGGCCCAGGGUGCGAUCCUGGAGACCUGGGAUCGAAUCCCACGUCGGGCUCCCGAUGCAUGGAGCCUGCUUCUCUCUCUGCCUCUCUCUCUCUCUCUCUCUCUCUCUGACUAUCAUAAAUAAACUAAAAAAAAAAAAAAAAAAAAAAAGAAAAGAAAAAGAAAAAAAAAAGUAAUGUUCUCAGGGCACCUGGGUGGCUCAGUAGUUGAGUGCCUCCCUUCGGUCCAGGGUGUGAUCCUGGGUUCCCGGGUUGGAGUCCCACAUUGGGCUCCCUGCAUGGACCCUACUUCUCCCUCUGCCUAUGUCUCUGCCUCUCUUUCUCUCUGUGUCUCUCAUGAAUUAAAUAAAUAAAAUCUUCUUUUUUUUAA